AUGAAAAUAUUCCCACCAUUGAAACUGUAUCAUGAAUAUUAUAAACCACAUGAAGACUUUCCAAGAAAUCCACCACCAAUAAUACCAAUAUCACCAACAGACUCCACUAAAACUAAUGAUGAAAAUGAUGAAGACCAAUGGAUCUUAAAAGACAGAUAUAGUGAAAAUAGAACAGAAUCAUGGACUAUUCUCAAGAAGAGGAUCACAACAAUCAACACCAAACAAAUCAUCACAUUAAAGCAGAAAGUCCAUCCUGAAAAUAUAUCAGAACACGAAAGUCUAUAUGGCGACCAAGACCAUAGAGAAGAAAUAAUAACAACACAUAAAAGAACUAGAUCAUAUGACUCACAAAUAUCAGAGGAGAUAACAUCUGAAGAUGAGAAAGAAAUGGAUGAAGUAGAACAAGAAAUAGAAAAUGAAGGACUAAAUCGACCAAUACGAUACCAACAACAACAAGGAGUAUAUUAUGACCCACAAGAUCAAAAUGAAGCAGGAUCAUCAACAAACUAUACUCUGUAUGAAUCAGAUUAUACUAAAACAUUAAAAUCUACCUGGAGGGGUCAAGAUGUAUACUAUCCAAUACCAAGACAUACAAAUUUUGAUGAAAACCAUUGGAAAAAAGUAUUUAAAUUUACCAAUCCAGAAAUAGCCUGGAGAAAUAAUACAAGAAUUGAGAAAGGAUUAAAAGAUAUAUAUGAAACUUCAACAAUAGGGGAUAAAACACCACCACUACCAUCACUGAAAAAAGAAGGAAUAGGAGUACCAGAUGAUAUAUCAGAAAUGACAGACAACGACCAAAAUAACUUUAAUUUCUAUAAGGAAAUAAAAGAAAAAUAUCCUAUAGAAAUGAGACAUAUAAUACUACCAACUAUUAAUGAAGGGAAAAAUGUUAAAUACCAAAUACUUUCUGAUGAAAAUACAGACAUACCACCAAUGUUUAUGAG